AUGAUUUUUAAUCCAUGUACAAUUAUGUCAGACUUUGAAGGAACAUUAGCUGAAGUACUUAAAGCUGAAUUUCCUAAUAGUGAACAUGUCGGAUGUUUCUUUCACUAUACCCAAUCGAUCUAUCGAAAUAUUCAACAAUUAGGUUUAUCUUCUCAAUAUGCUCGUGAUGAUGAAUUUCGAAAUACUUGUCGAAAACUUAUGGCACUUGCUUUAAUGCCUAUUUCAUUAGUACUACAAUCAUAUGAUGAUGUUCAUGAUGGAGUUCUUGAAUCAUCAUCGACGAAAUUUAAUCUACUUAAACCUCUUUUUACUUAUUUCGAAAAUCAAUGGAUAAAAAAUGUUGGUAUUGAAAAAUGGAAUGUUUAUGGAAUUCAAAUGAGAACAAAUAAUAACGCCGAAGGUGGCCUCACAGCUCGACCGAAAACAAAAAAAACUCUUGCUAUUCAACAUCGAAUUGAUACAUUAUAUGUUCGUUAUAAUAAUGGUGAUGUUAAUGCUAAUGAACUUCUUGAUGGACUAUCAAUAACUAAAUUUGAUCGUAUAUCUUCAGUAAGAGACAAAGAGAGUGAGAAAUAUUCCAUGACAUCAAAAGCUCAAUCGUCAACAAGAGAAACGAGUGACUUUUAUAAAGCAUGCUCAAUCAAUGAUAUUCCUCUGAUAAAAUCGUAUUUAGCACGUAUGACUGUGGAUGAAAUCAAUCGAAUCGAACCUAAUGGAAGUACAGGAUUGCAGAUAGCAUCCUAUCAUAACAAUGCAGCUAUUGUACAUCUAUUAAUUAAACAUGGAGCUUCAGUUUCAAUUCAAAAUGAUUCAACAAAACUUACUCCAUACGAAGAGACAACUUCUUCUUAUAUAAAACAUCUUCUAACAAGUACAGGUAAUAAAGCAUGGAUUGAAUGGACUUUUGUGGAUCCACCGACACGUGAAACAAAACAAAUAUUCGAUACAGAAUUAGAGAAUAGAUUUCAUAACAUGGGUUUAUCAUUUAUACUCAAUUAUUUGCUAAAUCACUAUGCUCGUGGAUAUGUUGCAAAAGCAUCUCCGAAAUCAGCCAAACAAAUUGAACAAUAUUUCGAAGAAGCACAAAUGCACACAAAUUUGACUCCACUGAUAAAGGCAUAUACUGCACCUUCAAUUUAUUUUUUCAAGAUUGUCUCGCAACAUUGCAUUGAAGUUCUUCCUGACCUUCUGAAAAUUCCAUUCGAACCACAGAAUACUUUGGCUGCCAGUAUUUUUUACUUACUUGCCGCAUAUAACUAUGAUCCAAUGCUUCGACCAAGAUAUGCAUAUAUUGGUCAUGUUUAUCGAGGUAUAAGAAUGAGUUUGGACUGUUUUCUUACUUACAAGAAGAAUGAACUAGUGGUAAAUCGACCGUUUGUUUCAACGUCGAAAGAUCGUAAUAUUAUGGAACAAUUUAGUGGUUAUGGUGCAUCCAGUGUAUUUCGAAGAAGUUAUUCUAGUCAAACUUCAUUAGAAAUUAGCGUUCGAUGUACCUAUAAGAUUCGUCGUCCAGAAACACGUGCAAUCGAUAUCACAAAAAUGUCAGUAUUUGAAUACGAACAAGAGGUACUUCUUAUGCCCAUAAGUAUCUUUCGAUUGGUUAGUAUUGAUCAUAAUGCAAAUGAAAAUGUAGCUGAUAUCGUACUCGAAGAUUGUGAUCUACCAUCUAAAUAUGAUCCCGUCGCGCCAAUAGUUCGAUGUGAUUUUACUGAAUUUUCAAAUACUUUAUUGGUUGCGCCUUUCGUGCAGGUAUGA